AGAGGAAAACCACAGCUUCUUCCAUCCCUGGAAAAACCUUUUGUGAUGACAAGAUCAUCAGUGCAGAUGUAGCAGGGACAGUUCUGCUUUGCUGAUACACCCAAGUGAAGAAUCUCAACCAGCAUGAGAGAGUACAGUUUGUUUCUCCUGUUCGUCCUUUCCAUCUUCAAGAAGGGCGUGCAGUGCAAUAGCUGGUCCAUUCACGUCCCAUCUGACGUCACUGGUGAACUCGGAAAGAUGGUUAUUCUGCCCUGCACUUUCACACACCCUUACAAAACCUUUGACCGUACCCUCACUGCCAUUUGGAGGAUCAAGGAGCCGUAUAAUGGCACUGUAGUCUUUAAGUGCACCAGCCAGAGUGCCAGCGAGCUCUGCAAGACCGCCGUCAGCUACAAAAACAAAUACAAACUCUUUGGCAACCCCCGGCACAAGGACCUUUCCAUCAGGAUUGACAACCUGACCUGGAGUGACAGCGAGAGGUACUUCUGCCGUGUGGAGUUCUCUGGGGACAUCCACGACAAGUAUGAAAGCAGGAAUGGGAUAAAGCUACAUUUGAUUGCUUCCCCCAGGAUCAUUAACAUCACGGUCAGCUCCAAUGGGGACCACACCUUCAAAGCCCGCUGCACCGCCGAGGGUGAACCGGCACCUGCCUUGACGUGGACCAGUCCCCACUCCAGCAACCUCACCUCAGUCACUAACACGAACCACCGCGUCACCAAGGAGCUCCAGUACCUGACACACGAUGGCAAAUACACCUGCACGGCUGUCAACAGCCACGGGAGAGCGGAGGGGACUGUCUACUUCUAUAAAUUCAAGGCAUCCAACAGUUCCUUUUUCCUGAUCCUUAUUUUUGUGCCGCUGGGAAUUAAGGUCCUUGUUUUGCUGGUGAUACUGGGCUUGACCCUGUUCCCCAGAGGUCCUUCCACUGCUCCAUCCAGCCUGGCCCGGCCACAGCCACAGGACUCCACCUAUGAGAACUUUGAUCGCAGUUGCAGCCUGCCAACAGAACAACCUGCAGCAAGAUGCAGCUGAGGACCUGGGCUGUCCCACCCGCACCCACUUGCAUGGUCUGAACCUCUGCUCUGUCCAAAGCCGGAUCAUCUUAGGGUGACUUUUCUCACUGAAUGUAAGACUGCUGUUGACUGAUGCACAGGUCAAGCGAGCCUUGUAGGUACAUGCCUUCCAUCUCUGGUGAAACAUGGCUUCUUGAUACGGGUAUUUUUGGAUGAAACCCCAUGCAGUAUCUGUCUCAUAUGAAAGGAGUUACAGAAAGAGACAUUUCAAUGGGAACUGGAGAUCAAGGCACCCAUGUUGUCCUGUCCAUCAACCUCUUUCCCCAAGGCAGGGAAGACAAACAAAGAAAAUAACUUUGAUGCCAUUAAAAAAGAAAAAAGUUACUUCUCAAUAGUUUCCAUCUCCGUGCUACAUGAAAAGAUCCUGACCACCUCUUAAGUGACUUCACCUCACACUACUUAUUCAAAGAAAUUGACCAUUCCUAGACAUAUCCAAUGUGAAUGUGCUCCAAAAAGAGAACAGACUGAGCGUAUGGGACAGAGUAGCACAAGUCAUGUUUGGUCUGGUAGACAAAGUUCCAGGAAAGGGCUGUAAAGAGCAGUGGAAUGGAAUAGAAGAGGAAAAAGACAGAAAGGAAGGAAAGGAAGGAAAGGAAGGAAAGGAAGGAAA